GGGGUACCGUGUCAGGACUUUGAAUCUUCUUCUUGAAGAGCUUGCAGGUGUCACCAAUUACUAUAAAAAGCACAGAAAACUAAAUACCAGUUUGUUUUACAUGUAGAAAAUGAAGACGUUCAUGGCUUCCAUCUCUUUUGUCAUUUUCUGGUUUUCAAUUCUCUUGCAUUCUGUUGCCGGUCAAUCCUUCGAUGUACGGCAGCACCUCUCCACUGUAACAAGAUAUGGUGUUGUGAAAGAUGAGGUGAAUAAUUCCUUUGAACAGUUUAGUAUUCCCGAAGGAUGCACUCCUAUCCACUUAAACCUUGUGGCAAGACAUGGAACUCGUUCUCCUACCAAAAAGAAGAUGAAAGAGUUGGCCUGGUUGGCAUCUCAUUUGGAAGAACUUAUAAGAGAUGCCAAGGAACGGAACUUACCUUUGCAGAAAGUUCCUACAUGGUUACAGGGCUGGAAAUCUCCAUGGAAAGGCAAAUCGAAAGGUGGAGAAUUGAUUACCAAAGGAGAAGAUGAAUUAUAUGAUUUUGGAAUCAGGAUUAGGGAAAGAUUUCCAAAUUUGUUCGAGGAGGAAUAUCACCCUGAUGUAUAUCUGAUAAAGGCUACCCAGGUUCCUCGAGCAUCAGCUAGUGCUGUGGCAUUUGGCAUGGGGCUCUUUAGUAAGAAGGGAACCCUUGGACCAUGGAAUCAACGAGCUUUUGCAGUCAGCAGUGAAAGCCGUGCAAGUGAUAUAAUGCUUAGGUUUCAUGAUUGUUGUGAAAACUACAAGGCUUUUAGGAAAAGCCAAGAGCCAGUUGUCGAAAAGCUUAAGAAACCUAUUUUAGAUGCAAUUACUGCUGCAUUGGUGAGCCGUUAUGAGCUUAAUUUUACAAGACAGGACACUGCUUCUCUCUGGUUUCUCUGUAAACAGGAAGCAUCCUUGUUGGAUAUAACAGAUCAAGCGUGUGGUCUAUUCAAUCCUUCUGAGGUGGCUUUGCUGGAAUGGACAGAUGACUUGGCAUUGUUUAUAUUGAAGGGUUACGGUAAAUCAAUAAACUACAGAAUGGGAGUGCCAUUGCUUGAAGAUGUUGUUCAGUCCAUGGAGCAAGCUAUUAAGGUGCAAGAAGAAGUACUUGCCUCUGGACAUUAUGAAAAGGCAAGACUACGAUUUGCACAUGCAGAGACUCUGGUUCCUUUUACAUGUCUGCUUGGUCUUUUCCUUGAACAAUCGGAAUUUGAAAAAAUACAGAGAGAGCAACCUUUGGAACUUCCUCCAAGGCCUCCCCACAGUAGAAAUUGGUGGGGUAGCAAGGUAACACCUUUUGCUGGCAACAACAUGUUGGUCCUGCACAGUUGUCCUGCAAACUCUUCAAGCAAGUACUUCGUUGAAGUACUCCACAAUGAGUAUCCCAUUCCAAUGCCAGGUUGCAAUAAUUCUAAUUUCUGUCCAUUUGAAGAGUUUAAGGAAAUGGUAGUUGCUCCUCAUUUAAAGCACAACUACAAUACACUCUGUGCUAAGAAGCUGGAACAACCAAAGCAGAAGAUUGAAACUAUAAAGGGCAGCUCUUCCUUUUAGCAGAGUUUCACCUGGAUUGAUCCUAUCAUCAAUAUUGACAUUGCUUCUCUGACUGCACAAGUUCACGAUGUUGCUUCCUAUUCUGAUACAGUUGUUUGCUUUAUACUUCUGAGGCAGCAUUUGAACGCAUAGCCUUUUUUUCUCUUGAUCUUUUGCGCUCCUUGUAAACCAUGUAUUGGACUGGCUAGUGGCUUCAGGAUCAACCUUUUUUCUGCACUGAAUAGUGAGUAGAACUUUUACUGACUUUGUACAAUAAUAAAUUAAUAAACAGUUUUGGCAUGCCGUUGGAAUUUG